UUUUUCGUCCAAAGCCCAGUAAGCAUAGGUAGUCGCUGACUCACUGCCUCCUGAACAACGUUGGUGAAGGAAUCUCUGUCGCCCAAAUACUGUCCUCGCCUGGGUGAUAAGGCUUUCCGGCGCCAUGUCAGUGUAUGAAAGCGAGGACUGCGGAGAAACGCGCCGGUACACCUUCCGCCGCAUCCAGACCACGGCCAUCCGGUUCCAGGUGAAGGCGGCCCACGACGUGGCCAUCUGCCUCUCCCCUGACGACAACGAAGAGCUGGAGGAUGUAUACGAGAUCUUCAUCGGCUGCUGGGGAGGCGGGGAGUCCGGCAUCCGCCGCCUCAAGGACGAGGACGUGUGCCGGGUCGAGACGCCCGACAUCGUGAGCGACGAGGAGUUCCGUACUUUCUGGAUCAAGAUCGAGCACGGCGUCAUCAAGGUAGGGCGGUCCGGGCAGAAGCAUCCCUUCAUGAGCUACACCGACCCCAACACGCUGCUCCACGUCACGUGGUACGGCUACUCCACCGGCUGGGGCGCCUCCGGGGAGUGGAUGUUCCCGGAUGACGACGAAGGAUCCUCCUCGUCCUCCUCAGCCAUGUCCUCCUCGGACUCCGAGGCGGAAGAUAUUAACAACCUCGAAGACAGACCCAUCAUGUACAAGCGUCCCGCGCGCUGGGUGCCGGCCAAGGGCGGCUACUUCCCGAAGCAUCCUGUGUCCGGCGGCGAGGGUCCCGACGGGGAGGUGUACGUCGGGAUGGCGCACCACGAGGGCGGCUACAUCCUGGGCAUGGUCGUUCCAGACCAGGGAUGCUGCUACAUACCCUUCGGAGGAGAAGCUAUAGCCAAGGAAGAGUAUUUUGUGCUGAGCAACCCUGGUACAGUGAAUAUCAACUGGGAACCAGGGAGCAAAGGCAAGGUUCCCAGUGGAGCUUUGCAGGGGGGCCGAUCUGAGGACGGGGAGCCUCUCUACAUCGGCAGGAUCUCUGUGGACGGCGUGGUGUCUGUCGGCAAGGUGCACCCAAGCCACGGGGUUUGCUACGUUCCCUACAACGGCACUGAACACUCCCAUCGCGACUACGAGGUCCUUUGCAUUCAGGACGUGCCGUGCAAAAUCUGAACCUGCUUAUCACUUCAUAUAUAUACUGCAUAAACUCCAGAUAUUACUACAUAUAUUUUUUUUUUCCAUAUUUGCAACCGCAUUUUUCCCGAAGUCUAAUGUAUGCUGAUCGACGCGGGGAUCUUGGAAAAAAAAAUUCAACACUAAGAAAAAAUUGUAUCGUGAAUAGAAUCUUCCACGAAUCUU